AUUUCCGACAGUUGUUUGGACUGCAUUGUGAGCGAGCGUACCGCUACAGAGCUGACUUCUUUUUAUAAUGAAUCCUUUGACGAAUGUGAAAAAUAUUCAGAAACUGAACCAGCGUGAAUUGGAAUUGGGCAACUUAGGCAAAAAGUCUUGGCAUGAUGACUAUAAGAAUAGUGCCUGGAUUUUCAUUGGUGGUCUUCCAUACACCCUGACAGAGGGCGACAUUAUUUGUGUUUUUUCACAGUAUGGCGAAGUGGUAAACAUCAACCUCGUUCGAGAUAAGGCCACAGGAAAGUCAAAAGGCUAUGCCUUUCUUUGUUAUGAAGAUCAACGUAGCACAGUUCUUGCUGUGGACAAUCUUAAUUCGAUUAAGUUGCUUGGGCGGACAAUCCGUGUGGACCAUGUGGCUGACUACAAGCAACCCAAGGAGCAUGGAGAUGAAGACGAGGUCACAAAAGCACUGAGAGUGGAAGGUUGUGCGCCACACUUGCCACAAGCUCUGACUAAUGAAUUGCAAGAGGAAACUUUACCCAAGCCUUCUGAUAGCAAUGAUAAAUUGAAAAAGAAGAAAAAGAAAGACAAGAAAAAGAAGAGGAAAAAGGCGAAAGUAGAGCCUUCUGGUUCAGACAGUAGUACGAGCAGCAGCAAUGAUGAAGGGGUCAGGAAAAAGCUCAAGACAGCAACAAACUGGGCACCAGCAGUGCAGGUGAAAACAGAAAAGCACGAUAGUGGUUACAACAAUGCAUAUUAUGGCCACAGAAAAGUCACUGAUGAGGAUGGCAGGAAACAUGACCAUUCAAGGGAAAAAAGAGACAAGAGGAGAUCUAGUCCUUCCAGAGAAGGUAGCUGCAGUAGAUCCCCCGAUAGAGGAGCUAAGCACAACAGAGACCUAACCAUAGAUCCUGGCCAUCAAAGAGAUGGAAAAAGAGACCAUUACAGAUCAUCAGAUAAAGACCAGCAUAGAGACAGAGAGAGUUAUAAUAGCAGGUGGGAACAUUCUUCAAAACAUAGUUUUCGCAGAGAUGAACAAUCACAAAGGGGCAGAUCCGACUACAACAGACGUGACAAAAGAUAGCUUUGAGCUGAAAGGUUUUAAGGCAUUUUUUAAAAUUCUGAUGGAGCCUGCUGGUGUAUGCAUAUAGCUCACCAGCAUAUGUCUGUAAAGAACACUUUUGAGAAAAAUAUGACUGAGCACUUACUCCCAGAUAAUGUGGUUGAUCUUUAGUGUCAUGGGAGGGAGAAAAUGUGUGUGUGUGUGUGCAUAUAUUGAAUGAAAGUGACAUUCUGCAUGCUUUGUCAGUGGAUUCAGCAUAGCUGAAUAGUAAAUGAAAGGAUUUACUCA